GCUGCAAAGCGUCAGUAACAGUGGACACGUCUCUCUCCUCUCCCGGUGACUAAGCCUCACAACAUUAUUAUUAAUAGUGUGCUGACUGAUGGUCGCUUUUCGUGCAGGGUGUGAGCUCGUUUUCCGUGUGGUGAGCAGAGGACUCAGAGGAGGCUGUCAGUAGCGAUGAAUAGCGAUGAAAAGAGCCCAAAUAGUUUGCUUUGCUACAUUGAACACCUCUGUUGCUACAACCGUUGCUGGACUCCGGACUCUUAAAUGCUUUUUCUUUGGGAUUAACAUGGAAAGUGGACGGCGCUAAAACAACAUUAACCUGUUAAUAAUACUAACAUAUAGUAGUUUUUUUAUUAGGGGUUUAUUUCAGCUUCUUUUCUUUAUUUAACUCGAGUUGAAAAGAUGUUGACUGGAUCUAAAACCACGUUCAAAGUCAGACAAAUGCUCCCAGAUAUCAAGGAGAGGAUGCUGAGUCAGAGCGGGACGAAUGCAAGGAGUCGAGAUGUGUUCGGACUACGAUGCCUGCCAGGCGAGUGUGUGCUUCAGAGGGCCGUCAUGGUGAGGAAGAAGCUGACUGCAAGGGAAGGAAGAGGGUGGCUGUCUGGGACCCUCUUCUGUACUCACUUCAGAGUGGCCUUUGUGCCCCAGGACAGUCCCAAACCUGACGACAAUGCAGAUCCAGUACUUUUAGGAGAUCAUGAUGUGGCUUUGGCAUCCAUAGAGAAGGUUGUGGUUGUGGGGCCAAACAGGACCAAGCUGGUGACCCCAAACUCCUCGCUAAAGUUCACACCAGAGGAGCUGGUGCUUUACUGCAGAGACCUGCGAGUCAUCUGCUUCCUGUUUGACCGCCUUACUCCUGACGCACAAGUCAUAGAGAUGACCUACACCAUCGCCAAGACCUACCAGCCUCUCAAACCAGGCUCAGUUUUGUCUUUCCAGAACGCCGCCCUGGGGAGUGUAGAAAUGAAGCAGUUUCUAAGCAACCGCCGCAGAGACACCCACAUGAACUGGUUUGAGUCCGUGUCAGACUGGGAGCAAGAGGUGGAGAGGUGUGGGGCCACCGGCUGGAGAGUCAGCUCAGUGAACGACCGCUUCGAGAUGUCCACAAGCCUGCCCAGGUUCAUCGUGGUUCCACAGAAGGUUUUAGACACUGAGCUGAAGAAAAGCUUUGCCCAUUUCAACGAGGGACGCAUCCCACGCUGGUGUUGGCGACACCCUAGAGGCAGCGAUCUACUGCGAAUGGCCAGCUUCCAGAAUAACAUCUACCAUGAGAAAGACGACAUCAGAAACCUGGAGCUGAUCCUGUUUGGUAGUCAGUCCUCUCUGUGUGUGGUGGUGGAGCUCGGAGAGGAACUGCCCUCACCUGCUGACAUCCAGCUGGCACACAGCCGUCUGCGCGCCCUCUGUCUGGGAGAUAUCUCCACAUCUGUGACUGUGCCUGAUGAUAAAUGGUUAUCCACCCUGGAAGGUACCCACUGGCUAGACUACACCAGGUCCUGUCUGAAGAAAGCUUCAGAGGUAGCCUGUCUCCUUCGCGGUGGUCACCUGACCGUGGCACUGCAAGAAGCAGAUGACCGUGACAUGGGCUGCAUGGUGUCCAGCUUGGUCCAGGUGAUGUGUGACCCCCACUGUCGGACCCAGCAUGGCUUCCAGAGCUUGGUGCAGAAGGAGUGGGUGAUGGCUGGCCACCGCUUUUACAGCCGCGUCAACUAUCACCGCGAUAAUGACAAGGAAGAGGCUCCAGUCUUCCUGCUCUUCCUGGACUGCGUUUGGCAGCUGUGGUCCCAAUAUCCCUCUCGCUUCCAGCUGACAGAUGACUUCCUGUUGGCUUUGCACGACAGCGUCCACCUGCCACUCUUCUCCAGCUUCCUGGCCAACUGCCAGCGGGAGAGAUGCAAACGCUCCCAGACGCUCGGGCAGUCCUACACUCCGGUCAAUGGCUGGAGAGAUGUGCAUCAUCCAGACUCCUCCUCAGAUCCAUCUGACCCUCCUCUGCCCUCAGUUUGGGAUUGGGCUCUACAGUACAGCAAGCAGAGACAAGUGCAUUUCACCCAACCUGUCCCCCCGAACCCUCCGCUGCAGCCUCUGCUCAAUGGAAACCUCAACACCAACCCAGACACUCACAGACUGACUGACACCAUCCCCGGCUCGGUGUUCCUCCUCUCUCGAGGCUCUUUCACCUGUCCUGCUAACCUGCUUCCCUGGCGCAGCGGCAGUUUGGGCGUUUACAAAAAGAGCCACCGGAGGGCGCCAUCCUCCGAGAACGUUCCCGGCCUGGAGAGGCUACUGAAAGCCUGGGCCCUUACUGAGCUUCCCCAGGGCCUCACUUCCUCCUCUGGACCUCAAGGACCACUUGACCCCUACGAGCCUUUACUUCCCCUCCUUAUGGGGCCUUGCAUGGGCCUGUGGAGGGAGUGCUACCUCCGGGGGGCGCUCCAUGCACAGGCAUUCUCACACCCCAUCUCUGCUAACCACCCCCACCCUGUGGAGCGACUAGCCCGGGAGGUGCAGCAGCUUAAAGACAAGCUAGAACAAGUGUCCUCCACCACCACCACAAGCACGGAUCCUCACCCACUCACCAGGACAGCUGAGCCCCGGCGGACCGACACCAACAUGAACCAGAACACCAACAACGGCACUUUUCUCUUCCCAGCGUCGAGGCCUCAGAGCGCGGGUGCGAGCAGAGCGGCGGCCCCCUCUAACUCCACCAACUACCAGACUUCAAGGGGUCCUGCGCCUGCCUCAGCCCCACCAUCCAGGCCCAGCCACAAAGAUAACGGUGGAAGCAACAAACACACCUUCCUCUUUGGGCACUCGUCAGUAACAGAGGCCCGUCCCGACCAGCGCUACUAUCCUGCACCUAAUAAUGCCAAGCUGCCUAAGAGCAACGGACCCUCAAUAGCCUCCUGAGGUCUGAUACAGACCCUCCCAACCCAUCAUGGGGUACUAUAACCAAAUCACCUGUCUGUACAUUAUAAAACAGACCGUUCUCUGGCUGGCUUCAUGUACUGAGGAGACCUAGACGUGUUUCCUGUCAUUUGAUCAUUGACUAUAAGAUGAUAAGAAACAUGAAACACAUUUGGGUGCAGCACAAUAAAAUAACUGCAGUAGUAUCAAAUAAUCAGUGCAAGAGCUCUCGACUCUGUUACAUAUCACCAGUACUGUAUUUAAAAAAAAAUGUGACAACUGUUUUGUAUAUUUGUAAAUGUAACACACUCCUGAUUUAUUCAAUAUUUCCUCUAAUGAAAUAUAUGCAGUGAAGCAAAGACUUAAAAAGAAUAAGGGCUUCAGAAUGAAAGCUUCACAAGCACAUUUCGCAAUAUCUUUAAAAUGCAGUCAACCUGUCAUGACACUCUUCAUGAAAAGCUUGUAUAGUCCAUUUUUAGCUUCUUAGAAGGCGUUCUUAUCCGAAAUGGGUAACAGUGACAGGGUAGGAUGUAGAUAAUGGUGUCAUGCUUUAAGGGCACUUACACAAGACACAAAGCAGUGAAUACACACAUCAGUGUCCAUUAUGUGACCAUUAGAUACUUCAUAUGUGCAAAAAGACACAUUUCCCCAUUUUGAUA